AUGGCUGUCCUGAGCUGCAUGAAGUACCUGAUGUUCGUCUUCAACGUGCUGGUGUUUGCUGGGGGGAUGUGCCUGGCAGCUCUGGGGCUCUGGGUGGCCGUGGACCCGGCCGGUUUCCAGGACAUCGUGGCCGCCAAGCCGGUGCUGAGCGCCGCUGCCUACCUGCUGCUGGCCGUGGGCAUCGCCCUGUCCCUGCUGGGCUUCCUGGGCUGCUGCGGGGCCCUGCGCCGGAGCCGGCCCCUGCUGCUGCUGUUCUUCAUCCUGGUCAGCCUGGUCUUCGUCACGCAGCUCGUGGGGGCUCUGCUCUUCCUGGGGCACUGGAGGAAGAGCUCAGAGCUGGCUCUGCUCCUGCAGAUGCAGCCAGAGGUGUUCCUGGCCGAGCUGAGGAGCAACUACCACGGGGAUGAGGCUGCUGAGGUCUUCUCCACAGCCUGGAACACCCUCAUGGUCACAUUCUCCUGCUGCGGGGUUCUGGGGCCCGAGGACUUCGGGAACGGUUCCCUCUUCCAGCAGCUGCAGCCGGGGCUGCCCUGGCCGCGGGCGUGCUGCGCCCGGGAGGGGCCGCUGCAGGCAGGGCAGCUGCGGGGCUGGCAGCAGUGCCGGGAGCGGAGCCCCGGCUACAUCCACGAGCAGGGCUGCUUCUCCACCUUUGGCAGGACCCUGCAGGGGUACAUCUCUGUCCCUGGCACCUGCAGCUUGGCUGUGCUGGGCAUCGAGAUCUUUGCCAUGUUCUUUGCCUUCUGCCUCUACUACAACUUCGACUGA